GCGGAAAACGUGACCCCGGUGAAGUUUGUUUGUGGGUUGAUCGUGCUUUUUUAUCUGAAAACACAGCUACGAGGCGUCCCGCCGUGCUUUCAUUCGUGUUAAUUAUGUUUAGAAGCGCCUUGAUAGCCAGUCGAUGUCGCGUUUUAGUUGCGCCGAGUCGUGCACGGCGCAUUCAUUCCGAUUCCAGCUCAUUGUAUGUCCAUUGGCCGUACUGCGAAAAACGGUGCACCUACUGCAACUUCAACAAAUACAUCAGCCGUAACGUUGACCACGACUUGAUGACCGAAUGCCUCGUUCGGGAGUUAACGACAGUAUUCCGAAGUUGUAACAUUUCUACGAUUACGACCGUGUUUUUCGGGGGAGGUACUCCGAGUCUGAUGCGACCUGGUGAUGUGGAACGCGUCUUGGAUGCCGUAUCCCAGCUGACAGCGGCACCGAUUGAAGAGGUUACGCUGGAAUGUAACCCCAGUCCUGCAGCGAGAGACAGUCUAAGGGACUUCAAGGAGGCAGGGGUCACGCGACUGUCGAUUGGCGUGCAGAGUCUGGGCAGCAAUGCUGAGCUCUCGUCUCUGGGGCGGACACACACGUUUGAGGACAGCAUGGAGUGUCUUGACCGAGCCAUGCACCUCUUUCCCGGCCAAGUGUCGGUCGAUGUCCUGUACGGGCGACCAGGACAAACACUCGACAGCUGGCUGCAGGAAGUACAACAGGUGGUGCAGCUAGGCACAGCACACGUGUCCCUGUACGAGCUCACCCUUGAGAGGGGCACUCAGCUCUUCAAGGAAGUCCAGGCAGGCUUACAGUCCCUGCCAGACAGCGAGACAUGCUCCCAGAUGUACCUGGCAGCUGUUGAGGACUGGCGAGUUGUGUCCUGUGGUGUCGGCUUGGUCGACACCUUUGCCGGCAGUGCUGAAACGGCACGGCUGCUCGAUGCUGGCCUGCUGUUGCUUGACGAGAGUUGCUUGCGUGCCACGAAAGCUGGGAUGAAUGUUGCGGACAGCCUGGUCUCCUCGAUGCUGCCACAGCUGAGGGAGAGGACGAGCAGCUAGAGUGCCAAGGUGUUUCUUUCACAGAUCCACAUGACGUCUUCCCAUCCACACGAGUGCAAUAAGUGUUUCAUCGCUCUGCGUGAACCGCUCGAGUGCAACUCUGUAAG